AUGAAAAACAAGCCGAAAAACGCUACCGUGAACUACCCUAAUGGCAAUGGUGCCUCUAAACGUUCCAAAAAGUCCCAAGCGAUGGUUGAGUCCGAAGAUGAAGGUGAAGCUGAGGCAGAUGUGGAGGAUGACGCUGAAGAUGAUGCAGAUGCUGGGCCUAGCACAAAGAGCUCCAAGAAGGCCGUGGCUACGGCAGAUAAGACUGCUGCGUCGCCCCCACCAGCGAAGAAAGCGAAACGGGACUGGGAUGACGAUGCCGAUGAAGCUGCUUUUGCCUUGCAAACGCACUUUCCUCAUUUUUCCCUUCUUUUUCUCGUUUCUGGUGCCUCUCCUUAUCCUGGCGUCAACUUUGAUCCUCCUCUGGUGCCUUUUUUCGUACUUUCAACCCUUUUUCUUCCUCUUCUUAUGUCCUAUCACCUUCUCCAAAGCACUGGUGUCUUUUAA